GCGAGGACUGCGUGGCACUGCCACCAACAUGACACAAAUUGUCAAACGACUGCCUGUCAAAUGUCAAAAUUGUCACAAAUAAAGAAUAUUUGACAAGAUUUAUCAAUGGCGGCGAUCGAUAAAGUUAAAAUUAUUGUAGUAGGCGACUCAGGCGUCGGUAAAACAUCGCUGACACACUUAAUAUGCCAACAGCAACCUAUCGGCAAUCCUUCCUGGACGAUAGGUUGCUCGGUGGAAGUCAAGCUGCACGAGUAUAAGGAAGGCACGCCAAAUCAGAGGAGAUACUUCGUCGAGCUAUGGGACGUCGGCGGCAGCCAAAGUCACAAAAACACAAGAUCUGUGUUUUACAAUCCUACAAACGGCAUAAUAUUAGUCCACGAUUUAACAAAUCGUAAAUCACAGCAGAAUCUGCAGAAAUGGCUGGAGGAGGUUUUAAGUAAAGACGGAACUUCCUCAAGGUCCAAGUCGUUCGAGGACUUUGAUCCUGAGAAGUUUGUGGGCUCGACUCAGAUUCCAAUUUUAGUCAUUGGCACGAAGCUCGAUCUGAUCUCGGGGUCCAAUUUCGUAAAAUCCAACAUACACAGACGUUCUGCGACCAUCGCGGAGGAAUGUGGUGCCGACGAAAUAUUUUUGGAUUGCCGUCAGAUAAGAUCCUUAGCGGCAGGCUCCAGUUCGUCCGUGAAGCUCAGCAGAUUCUUCGACAAGGUUAUCGAAAGACGCUACUAUUCUUCCAGAGAAGCGUUCAGUCCUGACAAGCGAAGGCCGCCACUGCACACUUCUUCGCUUUAUUCAAAGUUUUAUCAUAACGACUGAGUAUGCCAAGAGUACUGUAUGUACCCAGAGGUCUCGAGGAGGAUCUUAUUUCGCGUUACGCAAUCGUUCUUGUGACAAAAGCGUUUUAGGAUUGCGCGGAUUAAGUAUUGCAAGGCUAUCAAUCUCGCAUUUCUUAUCCACAUUCCUAAUCUUCCUAUGGAAGUCUUGAUCAGAUAUGCUCAAAAGAGAGGGACAACUGUGAAUGUAUCAUAGAUAAAAAUAUAUUAGGCAUUCGAUAAUUUUCCAUAUAUCUAUAUUGUAAAGACAUCGCAUUGUACACAAUACUUAUUUUAUAUUAUAAAAUAACGUAAUAUAUAAUCUAUUAAGUGUUAUUAUGUUAUGCAAAUAUAAUUAUUCAUAAUUAUUAAUUAUGUGCAAAAAUAUACCACAUAUCUUUGUUAUAAAUCGA